UAAGUGCUGCCCCCUGUACAACGGCUUGAACCCGGGCUGGUUCCUGACUGUACCGUGUGCUUGAAGGGAGAAAUAUUCCAUUUACAUUUCUGGAGGAAAUCUCUUCUUGGAAUGGUUUACAUCCAGUGAAGGUUGAUGUUUCCUAGUCGGGAACCCCCAGGGUUGCUUUCAAGAUUGACCCCCGACAGCUUGCGGCCUCUGCCAAUCUCCUAAGCGAGCUCCGCCUCCCACCGGACAAGACUGCUCACAAGCUCCCACUGCGUCUGCCUGCGGCAAAGCCCAGCAACCUCCGCGAGGCCCUUGGCCAAUCGCCCGGGAGGAAGGACCUCGUCGCCAUGGACACGGAGUCCACCUACUCGGGGUACUCGUACUACUCUGGUCGCUCCCGGGGAUCCCACAGACAUGGGGAGCGCAGCCGCGACCACCACAAGUCACGCAGCAAGGAUGGCAGCCGCUCGGAGAAGUCUGUCACCAUCAACGCACCGCCAGCAGAACCGCUGCUGGGAGACUCGUCUGUACUGGGGGAGGAGGUCCAGGAUGACAACUGGGGCGAGACCACCACGGCCGUCACGGGGACGUCGGAACACAGCCUGUCCCAAGAGGACAUUGUCCGGAUCACCAAGGACCUGGAGGACAGCGUGGGCCUGGACUGCCGGCGGUACUUUAGCCUGACCCUGGCUGUGGUUCUGGGCCUGCUGGUCUUCCUCACUCCCCUGGCCUUCCUGGCUCUCCCCCACCUCCUCUGGCCUGACAAGCUCCUGGUGUGCGGCACGGCCUGCGAGGGCCUCUUUAUUUCCGUGGCGUUUAAAUUGUUGAUACUGCUGUUGGCCGUUUGGGCACUGUUCUUCCGGGCUCCGCGCGCCGGCCUUCCCCGGGUGUUUGUGUUCAGAGCGCUGCUGGCCGUGCUGGUGCUGCUGUUCGUCGUGUCCUACUGGCUGUUCUACGGCGUGAGGAUAAUGGACUCACAGGAUGAGAACUACCAGGGCAUCGUGCAGUACGCUGUAUCUCUAGUAGACGCUCUGCUCUUCAUCCACUACCUGGCCAUCGUUCUGCUGGAGCUCAGGCAGCUGCAGCCCGCCUUCUCUGUCUGCGUCACGCGCUCCACCGACGGAGAGACACGCCACUACAACCUGGGCCAGCUCAGUAUUCAGCGGGCAGCAUUGGCCAUCAUAGAGAACUACUACAGGGACUUCUCUGUCCACAACCCGGCCCUGCUCACCGCCUCUAAGUCCCGGGCCGCUAAGCACCUGGCCGGCCUCAAGGUCUAUAAUGUGGAUGGUGAGUUCCCGGCAACCCCCGCUACUGGCCCUGGGAACAACGCAGCGACUGGAUUGGCCCACUCCCAGUCUCGGGCUAUGAUUGCCGCUGCCGCCCGCCGCCGAGAUACCAAUCACAACGAGCUGUACUACGAGGAGGCGGAGCACGAGAGACGCGUCCGCAAACGCAAGGCCCGCCUGGUGGUGGCGGUAGAGGAGGCCUUCACACACGUCAAGCGCAUGCAGGAGGAUGAGCAGCAGCAGCAGAAGAAAGCCCCCGGGGACGUGAUGGACCCGCGCGAGGCCGCCCAGGCCAUCUUCCCCUCCAUGGCCCGCUCCCUGCAGAAGUACCUCCGCACCACCAGGCAGCAGCACUGCCACAGCAUGGAGAGCAUCCAGCAGCACCUGGCCUUCUGCAUCACCAACAACAUGACGCCCAAGGCCUUCCUGGAGAGUUACCUGACCCCCGGGCCCACCCUGCAGUACGGCCGCGAACGCUGGCUGGCCCGGCAGUGGACUCUGGUCAGCGAGGCGUCGGUCACCAGCGGCCUCAAGGAGGGCGCCAUCUUCCUCCUCAAGUGCAUAGACUUCAGCCUGGUGGUGACGGCCAAAAGGAUCCCCUACAUCCAGCUUUCAGAGGAGUUCAUCGACCCCAAGUCGCACAAGUUUGUCCUGCGGCUACAGUCAGAGACCUCUGUGUAGAACUGGACAACUGUUUUUACCACCACGCACCUUUUUUUUUGUUUGUUUUCAAAAUAGUUUUAUUUUGGGUUUGCGGUUUUAUUUUAUUUUUGGAUUUUUUAUAUAUUAUGUAUGAAUAUAUGUUAAACACACGUUGGAAAAUAUUGUCCUUUUUAUCUAUGGUUUACCUGGUUUGAGUUCAUAUAAAAAAAGAUAUACACCGGUGAUGAAUUUGACUUGUCUUGCAUACAUACACACACAGAAGAUUGAACUGAACUCUGUGGAGAUGAAGCUAUAGAUGAACAAUGUGUGCACGCAACUGCAUAUGUGUCAAUAUCUAUGAACACUGUUGUUCCACCUCAAAGACUGAUGCAGAGCUCAAGACGAGGAAUUGUUUUAAUUCCAUGACUCAAGACAGAAAGUGGAGACUUUUUUGGGGAGGGACAUCUCACCGAGGAGUCAAAUGACACUACUGUUGCCAUGGACAUUCCUUCAUUCCCCCUCAGCUAAACCACUACAGAUGGUGAACUGCCACUAUUUAACUUCUGGACAAAAUAUAUCUUUUAACACAAA